AUGGUUUUCAACAAGUUGGUGUCGUUCCAAUUGGACUACGCCCCACAAUAUCAUCUAUCCAAGUUUAUUUCGUCUCGUUCUGGCCUUCAGUUAGUGCAUAUUCAUAAUAAAGCUUCACCUUUGGUACAAGGCUAUUUCGCCGUUGCAACAGAAUGCGCUACGGACUCGGGUGUUCCGCACACGUUAGAGCAUCUUGUUUUCAUGGGCUCUCACAAAUACCCAUACAAGGGUCUUUUGGAUACAGCAGGCAAUCUGUGUAUGUCAUCGACGAACGCAUGGACGGCUACUGACCAAACAGUGUACACUUUGACUUCAGCAGGGUGGCCAGGCUUCAAAAAACUGCUUCCUGUCUAUCUGGACCAUGUGUUAAAUCCAACUUUAACGGAUCAUGCCUGUACAACCGAAGUGUACCACGUCGACCCGGAAGACCUGCAGGAGAAAGGUGUAGUGUUCAGUGAGAUGGAAGGAAUCGAGUCUCAGAGUUGGUUUAUAACUAUGCCUUGGGAGAAACAGAGAAAAAUGUUUGCUGAAGGUAGUGGGUAUCGGUCUGAAACAGGUGGCUUAACAGACCAGCUGAGAGAAUUGACCAACGAUGAUAUUCGUAAAUUUCACAAAGACAUGUAUUCGCCAGAAAACCUCUGUCUCAUUAUCGCGGGCAAUGUUUCUGAGGAGGAAAUCCUAGCCGUUGUGUCAGAGUUUGACGAAACGUUGCCAAUCUUGAAAGGCAAGCGCUUCAGGCCGUUUUUGGAUACCAAACUCUCUCAAAUACCAGCCAAAAGAGAGGAAAUAACCCUUUCCGAGAUUGAAUUCCCGGAAGCCGAUGAAUCCCAAGGUGAAAUUCUUAUGUCUUGGAUCGCGAAACCUUAUGUCGAACAUCUCUACGAUCUAGCGGUCUCGAUCCUAAUGGACUACUUUACAGAAACGGCGCUGGCUCCUUUCAAUAAUCAGCUUGUUGAAAUUGAGGAUCCUUUAGCAAACUUGGCCGAGUACUGGACAGAUGAUUUCAUGCGCACACUUGUCAACUUGAAUUUUCAUGGUGUACCUGUUAAACGGAUGUAUGAAGCCAAAGACAAGAUUCUCGACAUUCUACAAAGUCACAAAAUUGACCUUUCACGCAUGAAACAGGUAAUAGAGAACGGAAGAUGGGAUUACGUUAUGAAAUGCGAGAAAAAUGGGCUCACCGUUUUGAGUCAAACUUGCAUAACAGACUUUAUCUAUGGUGAUGUUCACGGAAAAAUUCUGGAGGCCUCUCUCAAAGAUCUCAGUGACUUUGAUGCACUCUCUGAGUGGUCUCUCGAGCAAUGGCAAGAACUGCUGAACACAAUAUUUAUCGACAAUAAGCCGGUAAUCAUCAUAGGGAAACCCAGUGCUGCUCUGUACAGACAUCUGGAAGGUGUCAAAGAAAAAAGAACUGAAAACGCGAAACAGAAUUUGGAGGAGGAAGAUAACGCCCAACUUAGAAAAAGACUAGGCGAAGCAGUGGCACAUAACUCAAAAAAGGUUCCCGCAUCUUUACUGGAAGAAUUUACGAUCGCGGAUGCAAAAAACAGCGUAUCAUUGAUAGAGACAGAGGGGAUUUCUACUGUCCAAUCAUCGGCUCAUGUUCCUUCGGCAGCGUGGGCAAAAAGGCUCAUCGAAGCCAAGCCCACAAAUUUCCCCUUCUCGUUGCAUUUCGAGCAAUUCCCAUCCCAGUUUAUUGAGCUGCGCGUUUUGCUCAACACUUUCAAGGUGAGCGACGUCAAAUUGCUACCUCUUUACCAUAUCGUGUGUGAGCUCUUCUCUAUGCCUAUGAAAGCCGAGGAUGGCUCCAUUAUCGCCUUUGAAAAGGUUGUCUCUGACCUUAAAUCAGAAACUGUCGAUUCUGAGAUUGACUUGGGUCUUGGCGGUGGCUUUCCUGAUUUUCUUGAGUUCAAGAUCUCCUCUAAGGCUAUCAACUACGAGAAUGCUGUUAAAUGGAUAAAGAACUGUCUAUUUGACAUGAUUUUUGAUGAAAAAAGGGUCAGAGUCCUUUUGGAAAAAUACUGGAGCUCGAUUGUUGAACUUAAGAGAGAGGGUGAUCUCAUGGUGGAUUCUCUCUUCAAUAGAAACUUCUACACCUCGAGAUCGAUGAAGAAGUCCACAGACGCUAUAUACGUGGAGGAGAUCAUUGAAGAUAUCAUUGAUCAGAUUGACGACGGCAAGUUUAAAGAAGAUGUUUUGCCUAAGUUGAAUGCUAUGCGUGAGCAGAUGGCACAAGACUUCCAGUCCUACCACAUUAUUGUAUUAGGAGGCAUUGAAAAAAUUGGCGAUGCGUACACACCAUGGUUAGAACUUGCAUCUAAAAACUCUCGCCAAAGUGCGCCGAUCAUGGACUACCCUGAAGUUCCACGCUUAGUCGAUUCGCUCUCUCCACUUGGAAAACGCCCCAAGGGAAUAGCACAUGUAAUUACUACACCAGCUUCAGAGUCAUCCUACAUGACAAUUGCAACCAGCUUGGACAUCAACGUUGACUACAAGCACCCAGACUAUGCUGCGAUAUGUCUUGCUGCCGAGUACUUGGGCUGCGUGGAGGGCCCAUUCUGGAAGGGAAUACGUGGAUCUGGCCUUGCAUACGGUGCUAACAUUAUCAAAAUGAUAGAGUCUGAUGCAGUGGGAUUUUCUGUCUAUCGUGGUGCAGACAUCAUUAGUUGCUACAAAACGGCCCGAUCCAUUGUUCAAAAUUUUGCGCAAGGAAAAACCCCGAUUGAGUCGCAACUGUUACAAGGUGCGGUGAGUAGCAUCAUUAAUGGCAUUGCUUCGAGUGAAUCUGACUACUUCUCUGCCGCGCUGAUGAAAUAUGUGGACGAUAUCUGUAGAAAAAGAGGACCCAACUUCAACAAGGCUUUUCUCAGCAAACUUGGGGAAGUCCAAGCAGAAGAUGUCGAAAGAGUUUUCAAGAAAUAUUUUAUGCGCAUGUUCAGCUGGGAUACUGCAACCGUUUUUGUGAGCUGUCACCCUGCGAAGCUGGAGUCCGUCCAAAGAUUUAUGGAAAGCGAGGGUUAUAAAGUUGUUGUCGAAGAGCUUGAGGACGAAAGCGAAGAUGAAAGUGGAAGUGGUUCUGAAAAUGAAAGUAGAAGUGAUUCAGAAAAUGAAAUUAGUGACAGCGGUAGCGAGGGUGCUGCUUGA